UUAUAUCUCUCUUUCACACAAUUUGAUUCUCUUUUUUUCUUCUCUUCCUUUAUCUCUCUCUUUAUUUUUUCAUCCCUCUUUCUCUCUCAUUCUUUUUUAUAUUUCUUUCUCUCUUUAGGGGCCUUUUCAGUUGUUCGGAGGUGCGUUCAGAAAUCUACCGGACUCGAAUUCGCGGCCAAGAUCAUCAAUACAAAAAAAUUAUCUGCACGAGACUUUCAGAAAUUAGAAAGAGAAGCACGGAUUUGUCGAAAGUUGCAGCAUCCUAACAUAGUUCGUCUUCACGACAGUAUACAAGAGGAAAAUUUUCAUUAUUUAGUUUUCGAUUUGGUGACAGGUGGAGAACUUUUCGAAGAUAUUGUAGCUAGAGAAUUCUAUAGCGAAGCAGAUGCUUCGCAUUGUAUUCAACAAAUUUUAGAGAGUGUUAAUCACUGCCACACUAACGGAGUAGUUCAUAGAGAUUUAAAGCCAGAAAAUUUGCUACUAGCAUCGAAAAUCAAAGGAGCGGCUGUUAAAUUAGCGGAUUUCGGUUUAGCAAUCGAAGUUCAGGGAGAAAAUCAAGCGUGGUUCGGAUUCGCGGGAACCCCUGGUUACCUAUCACCGGAAGUGCUCAAAAAAGAACCCUACGGUAAACCCGUGGACAUCUGGGCAUGCGGAGUCAUCCUUUACAUUCUCCUCGUGGGUUAUCCACCCUUUUGGGACGAGGAUCAGCACCGUCUCUACGCGCAAAUCAAAGCUGGAGCCUAUGACUAUCCGACGCCGGAAUGGGACACGGUAACACCGGAAGCGAAGAACCUCAUUAAUCAGAUGCUCACAGUUAAUCCUUCGAAAAGAAUCACAGCUUCUGACGCACUCAAACAUCCCUGGAUUUGCCAACGCGAACGUGUUGCUUCUAUGGUUCAUCGUCAAGAGACUGUCGAUUGCUUGAAAAAAUUCAAUGCGAGGCGCAAGUUAAAGGGCGCCAUACUUACAACCAUGCUGGCCACCCGCAACUUUUCCAGUCGCAGUAUAAUAACGAAAAAAGGAGACGGGUCACAAGUCAAAGAGAGCACAGAUAGUUCCACGACUUUAGAAGAUGACGAUGUCAAAGCUCGAAAACAAGAAAUAAUUAAAAUGACGGAACAACUCAUUGAAGCAAUCAACACAGGAGAUUUCGAAGGAUACACGAAAAUAUGCGAUCCUCAUCUUACGUCGUUCGAACCUGAGGCAUUGGGAAAUCUAGUCGAAGGAAUGGAUUUUCACAAAUUUUAUUUUGAUAACGUUCUCGGAAAAAAUUGUAAAGCUGUGAAUACAACAAUAUUAAAUCCGCACGUUCAUUUGUUGGGUGAAGAUGCCGCAGUGAUUGCUUACAUUAGACUGACACAGUACAUGGAUAAACAAGGCCAAGCGCACACAAAACAAUCGGAAGAAACGAGAGUGUGGCAUAAAAGGGAUAACAAAUGGCAAAACGUUCAUUUUCACAGAUCGGGAACGGGAGAUUCUCCCUUUGGAUUCACACACAAAUAA